UUAUUUGAGCAGACGUCGACGAUCGACUGACCGGACUGACGGAACGAAAACAAGAAACAAACUGGUGUCGUCAGUGAUUUAGACUUUUUUCUUUCCGGAAAAAAUGCGGGACCGGGUGCUCAAGUUGGUGGAAAACAGGUGUCGGGUGCUGUUCAUCUGCAUCUUCAUCAGCUUGUGGCCUUUCAGCGAUGCGUUGUUCGACCCGAAAGCGUUCGACGACACCGUCCUCUUCAAGAUCAAUUGGCCGGGCAAAGAGGCCUUCGACCCUCGCGUCGGUGAAAAUCAGGAAUCGCUCGUGAUGACGACAAUCAACAACGAAAGAUACAACUGCGUCAUGCCGCAAAGCUUGGAACAGGAGCAGGAAAAGCCUGAGGUGUACUCCGGACUGACAGCCUUGGAGCUGAUGCUUCCUAUCUUGAAACAAACCUCCGGCCAGUCACCCUGCUCCUACAGGCUUGAAUCGUAUUGGACUUAUGAACUUUGCCACGGCAAAUAUAUGAGGCAAUUCCACGAAGAUAGAGAGGGAAAGAAAAACAAGAUUCAAGAAUACUAUCUCGGAAAAUGGGAUUCUAAAAUAUUAGAGAAAAUGACUAAAGCCGAAUUCCAAGCGCUGGAGGAGGCCCAAAAGUCUACCAUCCAGGUGAAAAAAAUCGACGGAAUGAGUCUUCCAUACUUGCAGAUCAACAUGUCGGACGGAACGCUGUGCGAUUUGAACAAGAAGCCGAGGAUGACAAAAGUGCAGUACGUCUGUUACCAGCACGGAAAGCACGAGAUUUAUUCUCUGAAAGAGACCAGCACCUGUGAGUACGAGGCGGUUGUCCUGUCUCCUUUCCUCUGCAGCCAUCCUCUUUACAGGCCUCAAGAAACAGGAGAGCACCAGAUUUCUUGCUACCCGCUGGAAAGCUCGCCCAAAAAGCCGAAAAACCUGCUCGCCAUGGAAGCUGAGAGUCUCCGCCUGCGCCACCAGAAGGGCAUUGAGCAGACCUCACAGAGUUUCAUAGAUUCGGACGGACAGAAGAUCUUUGUCUCCAUCAGUCCAGUCGAAGGAGAGGACAAGGUCAGAGUGGAGAUCAAGUCGUUUGACGUGCUUGAAGACGGAAAUGUAGUUGGCGGCGAAUUUCCAGCCAAGGAUAUGAGAUUUCAGCAGUUGAGCGAGAAGCAAAUGCUGAGAAGAACUGCGGUCAACAACUUUCUUGACGGGAAGAACUGCUUGACCGGGGGCACUGGCUGGUGGAAGUACGAAUACUGCUACGGGCAGAAGGUGGAGCAGUACCACGAGGAGAAGGACGGCUCUCGAACGUCGAUCAUCCUGGGCAUUUUCGACGCGCAGAGGCACAAGCAGUGGCUGCAGGAAAACCCGCACAAGCGUCCAAAGGCCGGCCAGCGGAAGCAGGUUUCGCACCUGUACUCUGGCGGCAGCUUCUGCGAGAAGGUGAACAAACCGCGGCAGGUGGAGGUGAAGCUCAAGUGCCUGGAGGACUCGUCGUCUAGCGCCAUCUCGCUCUACUUGCUCGAGCCGAAGACGUGCGAGUACCUGCUCGGAGUCGAGUCGUCGGUCAUCUGCGACCUUCUGCCCUACGCCGACGAGGACGGCAUGCUCAAAAUCCCGGAGCUCAGCCAGGUCAACAGGAUCGAGGAGUUGACCAUGGACAAAAUCAUGGGCCUGCUCAGCAGCAAGAUUGACAUUAAGGAGGUGGAGGAUGAUGCUGAUGAUUACGACGACGAAGUAAGCAAGCUAGUGAGCUCCCCCUCGUUUGGCACCAAUGAGCAAGACAUCAAGAAGAAGAAGAAGAAGGACAAAGAGGAGGCGCCGCCUGUGCAAAAGGACGAGCUGUAAACCAAAGAAUUUUUCUGUUAGUCGCAGGCAAUGGACAGCGGAGACGUGCUGCGCUCAAAAUGGUCUUGUUUUGUGAUUUUCCGUCUAGUUUGUACAUAUUUCCUAAUGUCAACUGUCGUGUUAUGCCUUUUUAGUUUAAAUUUGAACUUAAUUGUAUAUUUUUGACGUGGAUGCAUGGUGAAUGAGAAUAAAAUGAACAGUGCGUGUUGAAUAAUGUGAUACUGUUUUUGUAAUGAAACUUCUGGCAGAGGAAUUUGUUUCGAAAAUUGAGAAAAUUAUUCGUGGUUGUUACUUUUGAAUAAAAUUUUUAAUAGAAAAUGGUCCCAAUUAAAAUAUAUAUGCCUUAAAAUA